AUGAUGUGCUUGUUCAAGCCCAAUACCUACGAUCCAAAGGACUGGCAAUGUCCCAAGCCCAGCUGCAGGACCGUGAAUUUCAAAAAGAGGCAGACCUGCAUUUCCUGUGGUGCUCGAAAGCCAGAAGGAACGAACAGGCCUUUGGAUGAUUGGCGUGAUGGUGAAAAGUUGUUCAAGAAGGGUAGCACCCUUGAGGACUGGAGUGACCUCAUGCAGGGAGGCCUUCUGCCCAAUCAUAUGAUAUGGGUCAAUGCCAGCAGUCAUGAUGACGUCUGGAGCUAUGCCAAGUCAGUCUUGAGCAAAGGCUGCCUGAUGGAGCAUGAGUACUAUGACUGGAAUAGUCGACCACAAGGAAGGGUCGAGGACUGGGGCGAUCUUGGCCAUGGUCACCUGAUCGGCGGUCACCUUGUCGCCAGCGAUGGGUACUAUGAAUGGCACGGCAAACAGGAGCAACAACGAAAGAAGGAGGAAGAGAAGGAAAACGUAGCCGAGGGCGAAGCAGAAGCUACGAGAGGCUUGAGCCUUGAGGAUGACGCAUGGGCUUAUGCGGAAUCGGUGCUCAACAAAGGGUUUAUUUUGGAGUACGAUGCUAUGAUUGGAGUGGAAAGCCCCAAGGAAAGUCAUGUUUGA